CCGCCCCGCGGCGGCAGCGGCUCCGGCAGCGGCUCCGGACUCCCGGGAGGAUGGGAUGGAUUUAGGGAGCGACGCCGGCAGCAGCCGCUCCAGCUCGGAGUCCAACUCCAGCAAAGCCACGCCGUGCUCCGAGGGCAAGUCCUCGCCGUCCCCCAGCAGCCUGGACCUGGCGGCGCUGGAGGACUCGGAGGAAGAGGAGGAGGAGGACGGGGGCUACCUGCCGUCCCCGCCGGCGCGCCGGGAGCCGGCUCGCUGCCCCGCCGGCGAUGCCCGCUGCCGCGGCUCGCCCGCCGCC